AUGGAGGCUGAGCAUCGGCGGCGCAGCGACGAGCGCGAGAGAGCGGCUUAUGACGGUAGCAGUCCGGCUUCAGCAGCGUUGCUAGGAUCGACCACCGACUGCCUCACGCCACCAAAGCUAGAUGGACAAGGCGGAGAUCGAGACUUGGCUCUGGUGAUGAAGCCCGAACGCGCUGUUAGGACCGCGUGGCCGGAUCGAGCGGCAGGUCGGGCAACAGGAGGAUAUUGCGAAAGGAGCGACAGGGGCGGAGGCGGAGGAGGCGGCGGUGGUGGCGGGAGAAAUGCGAGGGCGGUAUCGCCAACUCUCCCCCUCGAGGGUCUCCACAAGAUGGAGGGAUGUUUCGUCACCCCCAAGAAGAUUUCGGGACACGUCCUAUUGGGAAAUCGAGGAGGAGGAGGAGGAGGAGGAGGGGCCCGUCGGAUGGGAGUUUCGCCUUCCGACCACGAGCCUGUGCGUAUAGCGCCAAUGGUGCGUCACGACCGCAGCGACGACGAUGACAGCAACAACAACCACAGCGGUGGCACGUUGUAUGACGAGGACAGCGGCGGCGCCGCAACUAGUAUGCACACUCGCACCGCCGCGAAACAACACGAGAAUGAUCGUGCGUACACCCUAGGGUUCUCCACCACCGAGACGAGGCCUGUCGACCGAGGGGAUAGGAAAACCGGUUCUACUGGUGCUACGGCUGUAGUGGACGAUUUCCCCUGGAAGCAGACGGAGUCGUCGAGGUUUGUGGUGGGCCGGAGCAGCGAGCGAAUGAGCGCUGCUGAGAGCAUGGGGCGAGGGGGGGGAGGCGGCAAGCGCGGUGCAAGAAAAGGCCAAGCGUCGGCGGGCGGCGGCCCACCGUGUUUGGGUGGAGUGGCGGCGGCGGGGCAUGAUGCGGCGGAACUGCUGACGGUUGAGCACGACGAGUGGAAGGAGGCGCGCACGGCGGAGGGGAAGAUCUACUACUACAACCGCCGGACGCGGGUGCCCCGGUGGACCCUGCCCCCUACCGCCACGUUCGUGCCGGACCCCAACCGACCGGCGGGGUACCGCAUUUUCGCCUUGGCCGCCACCGUGAACAUCAAUAUCGGCGACAAGUCCACCGCCCCCGCCUCCGCCACCAGCGGUAGUGAGAGGACCAGCGGAGGCGUUAUCGAUCCUCUUCUUCGUGGUCCCGGUGGGGCGGGGGCGGGAGGAGCGCGGGAGGCGGACUCUUCGAGAGAGAGGUUCGGUCGUGAUAACAGCGGUGGCGGUGGUGCUCCCCUCUUGAUUGCGCCGACGUUGUCGGAGGUAACGCCGAUGACGACGAGUGAUCUCGAGUCACCCGCCGCUUCGUCUCCCACUACCGCCGCCACCGCGGGCCACCCGACGACCCCCGCCACCGCGUCUGCCCGCGUAAAGAACGGCGUCGGCACGACGGGGUGUGGCGAUGGGGGUGCUGUCACGACUCCGAAGCGAAGGGAGUCCGCCCCCCCCGCCGCCGCGCGGAGCCCCCGAGACAACGGUGGGACUGUCGAAACGCUUACCUCGACGGAAAACGCCCACACCGUCUCGGCCUCCCCGGCGCCCCCGACCGGCUACUUCUCCGCCGACGAAACCGCUUCUUUGGUGGAAAAAACCCGCGACGACGACAAGCACCCGGAACGACCCGUCUCUCCGACGGCGCCGCGGCUCUCCUGCUCUGUAGGGCAUUCGAUGUCGGUGCCGUCCGCCGGCGGCGGCGCGGGUAUCGAGGGCGGGGCGGCCCCGCCGGGUGCGGGGGGUUCGACGGGGGGUCAGGCGGCGGCGGUGGGUGGGAGAGGGUCGGCGGUUGGCGAGGGGAAGACGCCGCGCCGUCAGGUCGAACACGGCGUCGAGGUGGGGUCGGCUUGCUUGACGGAGGUGUUGCCUGACGAGCCGGCGGCAGUGACGACAAGGGCUGCUGCUGCGGCUGCUGCUGCGGUGCGGGAGGGAGAGGAGUUUGAGACGGAGGCUCAGUUGACGGUGGAUGCACCGACUACGGGUGGUGCUGGUCCGGUUAAAACGGACAGAGAAUUGGAGAUGGAGGCGGCGGCGGCGAUGGCGACCGGGCAGCAGGGCCUAAGCUCUCAGAGCGGAGGGGCCGGACAAAGAAAGGAAGACCAGCGCUACCACGUCGGAGGCGGGGGAAGCCCGUCGUCGCAGACGUCGUCCUCGGCUUCUCUGCAGGACUUCGUGCACUACGUCCGGGUGCAAUCGGGGGGGCGAGGGGACGCUUCGCUGUCGUCCCCUGCCUCUCGCUCCAACCGUAGACGAGGCGGUGGUCAGGGGGCAGGGGCUAUGCGUUCAGGUGACGCACACAUGAGCAAGGAUAAGGAGGCGUUUUCGAGCGAAAGAAUACCGGGGACGUUUCAUCGGCGUCCCCUGGGUCCCGUGCGGCGCAGCGAGGAAAUGGAACACCCCUUGUCUUCUCGCAGCAGCAAGCCCCAAGAGCACCAUUCCCAUCAAGGGCUAGAAGAACCAGCAGCGGAUACGGCUUUGUGGGCUACAGCCGCAGAGACCCCGACCACGGCGCUAGCCGGGGUCCCCGUGUAUCAGACCCACCACCACCACCACCACCCAUCGUCCCGGUCACGACGGAGCGCUCAAGCGGAUACGGUUCGGUACAGCGGUAGCGGCGUCAGCGGUGGGAAGACGGGAGUGUGUGACGCGAAGGGCGGCAGCAGCGGGGGGAGGGGGCUAUUGCCGGGGUCUUCCGUGUUGAGACACAGGGUUCGACGGCAGCUGUUCAGCGAAGACUCCGAGGCCCGGCCCUUGGUGUUCUGCCCCUUUUGCGGCGAAGGCGUUGUCCGUGCGGGGGGAUUGCGAGACCAUCUGCAGGAGUGCUACGUGCUCGAUCGAUGCCGUGGGAGCGAGACACACAAGCAGGUAGAAGUGGCCAUCAGAGCCGUCUCGGUCGAGCACCAGAUGCACACUAGCGCUACCAACACUCACGGCAAAGGCGCAUCUUCGCUGAACGGCGGUUCAUUCCAAGACUCGUCUACCCUCCUGCAGCACGCUCUUCCUCCCUUCGUCUCGAAAGGGAACGGUCCGGAGAACGUUCUCGCACCAGCAGUCGCCUCGGAAAAUUCCGAGCUCGGAGGCGUUGUUGCUACUGGGGGGGGGCGCGGUGCGGCGGCGGGAGAAGUUUCCGGCGUGGGUUUGGAAGUUUCUUUGGGCGGAGGAGGAGCAGGAGGAGCGGAGGAGGAGCGGUGCGGGGACUGCGGGCGGACCUUCGCCCCCGGGAGGCUUCGAUCGCACGCCAAGGCAUGCCGGAGUGUGUUCUUGGAGCGCCGCCGCCCGUACGACCCGAAGGCAAUGCGGGCGAGGGGGACACCGCUCGAGUUCUUCCAGCAGCCCAUCGGCGCGGCGAGCUCCGACGGCAACCCUUCCACGUCAGGAACGGGGGGAGACGGCGGGGGCACCGCGGCAUCGAGAAGGGGGGUUGGCAGAAACAACCCGUCCUCCGUCGGAGGGAGUUCCGUGAGGCGGGAGGGGUCCUCUCAGAGCGGGGGCGCGGACUGCGUGUCCCCGGGGGAGCUGGAUGUUUCUGUCGGGACCGGUGGGGGUUCCUCGAGGGGGGCGGGAGGGGAGGUGGGCGGCUCGUUUCUCCGAAGGAGCAAGAAGGUUGCCCUUAAGACGCUGCCUGCGGUCGAGGGAAGCGCGCACUGCCCUUUCUGCUCCACCUCCAUCCCUCGCGCCAAGCUCUCGGCGCAUCUCCUGCGGUGCAAGAAGUUGCGCAGGUCUCAGACCUGUCCAAGACCCGAGGCUGGACCUUCACCGCGCAUCGGCGGCACCGACGCCUCCAAUACCACCACCAUCGACGAAGACGACAAGGCCCGCACCGCCACCUUCAACGGCGGGGGCAUCGCCAACAAGAACAGCAGCAGCAGCAGUAACACCUCCAGCAAGGCGAAGGUCAUGCCGCCCUUCUACUGA